AUGUGUGGUGGUCAGCCGGGUUCGAUCGCCGUUGACCAGAUAUACUCCUAUUACAGAAAGGGAGGUAACUUUGUUCAUCUUGAAAAAGAGCACGUUGUGGAAUAUGUCAACAGAACUGCUUCUUGUUGCCUUCAGGUGAAGAUAGGGAUCAUCGGAGGGUCGGGAUUGUCUAACCCAGAAAUCCUCAAAAAUGGCAAGGAGGUUACCAUAGAUACGCCAUACGGAAAGCCUUCAGAUGUUUUGAUCACCGGUGAAAUAGAAGGAGUUCCAAGUGUUCUUUUAUCAAGACAUGGGCGAGGGCACUCUAUCAACCCCACCAAUGUAAACUAUCGAGCCAAUAUCUGGGCUCUACAUGAACUUGGCUGUACCCACCUCCUGGUGACUACGGCCUGCGGUUCUCUACAGCAUAACAUGCACCCAGCGGACAUCGUGGUCAUAGACCAGUUUAUUGACAGAACACAGAAACGCAUACAAACCUUUUUUGACGGGGAGUCCACCUCUCCUCCGGGGAUUUGUCACCUCCCAAUGGCAGAACCCUUCUGUCCCAGGACAAGGAAGAUUUUAUACAAAUGUGCUAAAGAUCUUGGUAUAAGUUGUCAUGAGAAGGGGACGAUUUUAACAAUAGAGGGGCCUCGCUUCUCCUCCCGGGCAGAGAGCAAGCUGUGGAAUUCCUGGGGGGCACACUGUGUCAACAUGACAACCGUACCUGAGGUGAUCCUAGCAAAGGAAUUAGGGUUGUGCUACGCAGCAUUGGCAUUGGUUACGGAUUACGACAGCUGGAAGGAUGACGAGGAGGCUGUGAAUAUUGAGAGCGUACUGAAGACAUUCCAGACAAAUGCUGCUAAUGCAACCAAAACGAUCCUGAAAGCCAUUCCAGUCAUUGCUGGCGAAGACUGGACAGCAACAAUAGCAGAAAACAAGAAAGCUGUCCAGAUGAACACACUGCUGCCACACGGUUAUUAACAUUGUGGACUGUUUUUACUGAAAAUAAAACAAAGAAAUCUGUCCUAGUGGCAAUUUUAAAAUAA